AUGCCUGAAACUGACAUACCUGAUGUAGUAGAUGACAUACCUAAGACUAACAUACCUGAUGUAGUAGAUGACAUACCUGAGACUGACAUAGUUGAGGGCCAACAUGACAUACCUGAAAGUGACAUAAUUGAGGGCCAACAUGACAUACAUGAAACUAACACCAUGAGUGAGAUACCUGACAUUGACUCACAACUUGAGAUACAUGAACAAAAUGCAAAAAAUAUUGAGUUUGAUGACUCUGAUGAUGAGGUAUUAAAUGAUGGAAUUGAUGAGGUUUUGGUAGGAGUGAGAGGAUUUGCUGUUGAGGAGAAUGAUCAAGAGGUGGAUAAAUUAGAAGUGGAUGAUGUAAGUAAAGGAAAAAAAAGUAAGGGUGGUAGACCUAAGAAAAAAAAGGCCAAGGGAAGUUCCAACAAGAAAAAGGGAAGACCUUGCAAAUAA